GAAAACAGAGAAACCCUAGUCUCAUUCUCUUCUGCCAUAACUCAUCGAAGGACACUGUGUGUGAACAGAAGAAGAAAAUGGGAAGCGAUAGCGAAGUAGAGAAGUCUCAUCAGAAGGAGAAAGAAAAGAAGAAGAUGCAAGCUCUCGCUCCCAUUGCCAAACCUCUAGCUGGCAAGAAGCUUUGCAAGCGAACCCUAAAGCUAGUCCGUAGAGCUGCUGAGCACAAAUGCUUGAAGAGAGGAGUAAAAGAGGUGGUCAAAAGUAUAAGACGUGGCCAAAAGGGAGUAUGUGUUAUAGCUGGGAAUAUUUCUCCUAUUGAUGUCAUCACUCAUGUUCCAAUUUUGUGUGAAGAAGCUGAAAUUCCCUAUGUAUACGUCCCCUCAAAAGAAGAUCUGGCAAAUGCAGGGGCCACAAAGAGGCCAACUUGCUGCGUUCUGGUAAUGACCAAGCCCGCCAAGGGAGAACUGAGCCCAGAGGAACUGGAAAAACUAAAGUCAGAUUAUGACCAGGUUAAAACAGAGGUUUCUGAACUUGCAUCCACACUUUUCUGAGAGAAGUAAUAUUGUUGCCUUUCUUGUACUCGUAGUUGUUUAGCGUAGCUUCUUUUAUGCUUUUCCCUUGAUGUAGUACUUUCAUUUGCAAAUGUGUCUGUGGCUCGGUUUUGUAUCAUAAUGUUUUCUUUCCCAGUCAUCUUUAUUUGAUUUUUUAUUGCAAACUUUGGAUGUCUAUUUUAAGAGAUAGCGACUAGUGAAUUUGCAUCUCAUAUUAAUAGGGACAUUAAUCCAUACUACUGGCCAAAAGAAAGAAUUCAUUAUGGUAAAAUUGUAUGUUUAUUCA